UGAGAUGAAGAUGAGAGUGGAGCAGUGUCUCAGUGCCAGUGGACGUGUUCACAACCUCGACCAUAAUCUGCUUGAAACGGAUCACCAUGCCCCACGGGAGACGGAUAAGAUAACCUUCUCACAGCCUCUUCGUGCCAAGUGACCGUGACCUUCUUCUCCUUCUCCUUCUCGUCCGCAGGCAGCAGGUCGGAAAAAGUAGCAACGGUGCUUCCUUCCCUCGAAACAAGUAUGGUCCUGUUGCUCCCAUAAGGUUUCAGUGCUGCAUGUGUAGAUAGUUUGUGGUCCAUGGUGUGAGUACGACCAUCAUCGAGCGAGAGUGAGUAAUGGCAACGGCAUUGUUCGCGUUUAUCGGCGUAUAGAAGGCGAAUAGUUUGGUGAAUGGCUGACCUUUGCCCCCUCCUUCAGGGUGCUAACAUCUCUUACGCCCAGUAACUAUGGUGCAUGGGGGUGGAAGUCGAAGCGUGGACACCGGUAUGAAGCUGCUCUGUGCCACGACGUGAUCCAGAUGAAUGUGAUGACUGGGGGCGAGGGGGGUUGUCGUGGCCGUGGGGGGAAGGUGACGGUGCUUCUCUCUCUCCUCCUCCUGCCGCUGCUCCCUCACGAGGCGAGUCCACAAGGGGACACUCCGGUCCCCACCGUGACCACGUCCCUGGGAACGGCUCGCGGAAAGGUCUUCACCAUCCCCAAAACACACGCCCAGGUUGUUGGCUAUCUGGGUCUCCCGUACGCCCAAGCGCCCAUUAACGACCUACGGUUCAGGCCCCCGAUGGAGCUGGAGUCCUGGGGGGACGGCCCCCUCGAUGCCACCAACUUCAGAGCCAUUUGCUUCCAACCGGGCGAGCAGAAGAUUUGGGACGUGGUUCCGCAUGGGGGGAAGGGCGGCACUGGGGGUCGAGGCGCCGUGAGGAAAAAGAAGCUCGAGUCCUACGCCAUGAGUGAAGACUGUCUCACACUCAACAUCUACGUGCCUUUGAACCAGCAGAAGGAGAAUAAUAGCAGCAGCAGCAGCAGCGGUGGUGGCGAUGGUGGUGGUGGUGCUGGCGGCAACGGUGGCGUCGACGACUCAGCGUCGCAACCACUCCUUCCCGUUCUUUUCUUCAUCCAUGGGGGGUCCUACUACAUGAAUGCGGGGCGGCUGUACCCCGGACAAGUCAUCGCCUCCAGCCAGCACCUCGUCGUCGUCACCUUCAACUAUCGACUCGGACCGUUAGGAUUUCUCAGCACGGGGGACGCGGCCGCCUCUGGAAAUUAUGGGCUGCUAGAUCAAGCGAUCGCCUUGGACUGGGUGCACCAACAUAUCCAUCACUUUAGAGGAGACCCGGGACGUGUAACGUUGGUGGGCAACAGUGCCGGCGCCGCGUCCGUCAUGUUCCACAUGUUUUCAGGGCUUUCGAAAGGGAAGUUUGUGGGCGUCACGGUGCAGUCGGGCUGCUCGGGAGCACCUUGGGCCAUCCAGGCGAAUCCCAGAAAACACGCGGAGGCUCUGGCGACCAAACUUGGGUGCCCCACCAGCCCCACCCAUGACUUGGUCGACUGCGUCCGAAACUUUUCUCCACAACUGAUCAUGAAGCACGCUAAACUGGAGGACGGGCUCAGUCUGGCCUUUGCCACCGUGGUCGACGGGCCUUAUGGAGGCAAAUUCCUGAAGGAUCAUCCCGAGCAGCUUAUCCGAACCAAGGACUUUCAACCCGUGCCCAUACUCACCGGCUUCACGAGGGACGAAGUUACCAUUUGGUUCACCAAAUUUGGUCCGACGACAAAGACGAAAGACCUCCGCUCAUUUGUGCAGGUUGAUGUGGUUAGCCUGCUCGAGAAUCUGCCCACCGUCACCCAAGCAAACAUGGCUGCCAUGAUCCACUCGGUGACAGUGCAGUACAUGUACCGUGCAGGGAUUGGAGAGAACGACACUUUGGGAAAGACCUCGUCCAUCUCCGACUUCAUCUCUGACGUGGGGCUGAAGGCGCCUUGCGUGAAGGAAAUGAAUCUGCUCUCUCACCACACCUCGGCGCCCAUCUAUCUCUACGAGUUCCACUACUUUUCCGUGGAUGACUUCAAAAUGGGGAGGCAGGAGUGGAUAGGUGCGUAUCAUGAGAGUGAAAUUCAGUACAUUUUUGGAGAACCCUACCUCAACUACAGCAACCACUUGCGAUCUUACGACGACAAGAAAAUGUCGGACCUCAUGAUGAAGGUGUGGGGCAACUUUAUAAAACACGGGAGCCCCAGCCCUCACCCCAAAGGCGAGAAAGGGGGCCUCAAAUUCACAUGGACAAACUACACCGAGUUCAACCAGGAGUUUGCCGUCCUCAGCCUGAAGCCCCACAUGGACAAGUUCUUCCUCACGGACAGGAUGUUGUUUUGGAACUUUUUCUUCCCCAUUUUCCGGGACUACCCGUUCCGUUUCGAGGGCAUCCGUGAUUGUGGGGGGUGGGAGGAGCUGCGCGAGUUGUGGGUGUUCUGGCUGCUGCUCUCCCUCACCUUCGCCCUCUCCCUCCUCAUCCUCCUCCUCCUCAGCUGUCUCCUCAGGUGUCGCAAGAACAAGAGCCCACGGUCACCCCCUCAGCUCACCAACUCCAACAACCUCCCACUCGUCCCCAGAUAACUCGUCCCUCGCAUCCAAACAUCUAAUGAUGGAGAGACGAGGGAUUUGCACCAUUUUAUAAUUCCCCCUAUUGCCAAGUUACUCUUAUCAUGCACAUGUGCUUACCCAGCCCCACGACAAGUCCAACUUUUAUCAUGUGAGUGAAUGAAUGAACGAAUGAAGAAUGUACCCCAAAAUCCUACACCUUCUGCUCCGCUGUGAAAUAAAUACACUUUUUCGUAACUU